AUGACCAGAUUCUUUAUUGUGCUGUGGGUCUUCGUGGCCUGUCUCGGUCUAGUCUCGUGCCACGGAGACAACUCCACUGCCAAAAGACACAGUGGCGUACGAGCGAGGCUCUGGGGUCGAGCCAUGCGUGUAUGGACGCCUCGGCAGGGUCCUGCUCGACGCUCUGUCUCGGAGCACGGCUCCAUGCCCGAGCCCUUCCUCGAGACCAGCUUCCCUGGUUGGACCUUUGACAACAUCUACAACGUUCCCCACUGGGAUGGCGGUGACAAGGCCACCUGUCCCGCCCCCGCCAAGUCUCUCCCUGCAACCAGGUCCAAGACCAUCCAAAAAGGUUCCAAGCAAGAAUUCGUCCAAUUCUGUCAACAUGGCAACACUCCCGCUCGUAUUCCCGAUCAGAGCGUCUGCAUCACCAAGCCUCCCAAACUCGCUCCAGGCGGCAGGCAUGUCAAGCGUCAGGAAGAUGAUUCCGACUACGAGGCUCGCAUUAUCGCUGCUAGUCUCGCCACUGCCGCCGAGGAUGAUGCGGCAAAUGAUGAUGCGGCGCUGUCGAAGCGCACACCGCUCGCAGCUGCGCCUAUGAUGGGCAUGAUGGGUGGCGGCGGCGGCGGAGGAAUGUCAACCUUUAUGCCGCUCAUCAACACCGGCAUUGACGCUGGAAGCAAGCUCGGCGUCGCCUUUCUUCAGUAUCUCACGCAGAGAGAGAAAGAUCAAGCCGAGGCAAAGAAAGCGGAUCCACUCGCCGGGGCUAACAAUUCCACAGCCAGUGCGACAGAAGCUGAUCCAUUGGCCGCUAGCGCAGAUUCGUCCGGUGGAAGCGCAUCUCUUUUGAGUCCUGCCACGAGCAGUGCUGGUGGAGCAUCUGGCUCGAGCCCUGGUGCUAGCGGCUCUGACACCGGUGCAUCGGGCGGUGCUGUUUCGUCGGAUAUCACAGGCACGGCUGCAUCCGACACGACGUCUCCUCAGCCAGAUGCAGACUUGCCGAGCAAGGUCGGAGGUACGGCAUCAGCAAAAGGUAACAGCGGUGACACUGGAUCCGAAGACACCGGACCAAGCGAGGCCGGCGACUCCGGGAACCCCCUGGCAAAAUCUUCCUCGGCUGGCGAUGUCGUCGGCUCGUCAGCUGCUAAAUCAACGCCUGGCGGUCUGAAGUCCGUCGGCUCAGCAAUUGGCAGUUCGACGUCGGACGAUGCAGACGACCUUUCUGGCACGUCGAUCAAAGCGAGUCUUCCACAAGCUGGAUCGUCAGCCGGUAGCUCGAAAGUUGGCGGCUCGACACUUGGCAGCUCCGCAAUUGACGGCUCGGCUGAUGUCGGCUCAGCACUGGGCGGCUCAGCCGUUGGUAGCUCGAAGGCCGGAACUACCGGUCACGCAGCAUCCGACUCCCUGACGAUCAAGAGCAAGCGCGACGCUACCCCGCACCCGGUCACGCAUUCCGACUCUGCCGCGCCUGGAUCGUCCUCAAAGUGCGGCGGCUCUGCGGUGCAGUGUAAGAAGCUCAUCGAGCGCUCCAUUCCCUACUGUGUCCCGCACAAGCCCGCUCCGGAUGCACCGCCGCACACUCACGAUGACGACGAUCCGGACGCGGUCCUGUCGUCGCAGAUGGUGGGUACCAUGAUCCGCGUCAUGGCACGCCACUGCCUGCGCAAGUGCCCCGGCUUUGCCGGCCUCGCCAAUUCCGACCACGACUUCAAGAGCAAGACUGAGAAAUGUGCGCACGACACCAAGCUCUUCAACAAGUCAACGGCGCACUCGUCCAAGCCUGCGCGCAAGCAUGCUGCCACGCCCGAACAUGCUCCCAUAUCCAAGCCUUCCAAGCUCGAGCAUGCUUCGGAGCCCAAACAAGCCUCCACGCAGACUCCUGCGUCAGACACAGCCAAAGACGAGGCAAGCCCCAUGUUCAAGCGAGCUGUGACACCUUCUCGUCAGCCAGAGCAGUGUCGUGGUGGCUACGAGGCUGUGUUCCGCAACGCGCUGCAGCCCGUCUCUGCCUAUAACGGCCAGCUCUUCGGCUCGGUCGUUUCGGAUCCAGGCUCGUUCCUGCACUGGGGUCUUGUUCGCAGUGUCGCGCAGUGCCAGCGUGCAUGCGACGAGACCCAAAGCUGCGUGUUUAUCAACGUGUACCAGCAGACGUUCAGCCUCGACCAUCCCAACAUUCGGCUCGUCAAUCGCGAUGUCGACGACGAGGUCCAGCUACGCAAGCAGUUCGCUGGCCAAGCCGAAGCCAAGAAGAACUCUUUCGUAGAAGGACAUUUGACAUGUGCGCUGUACUCGCGCUGCUUCCGCGCUUGUCAGGCAACCCACCGCAGCGGAGAGAAUCCGGUCUUCUUUGAAAAGUCGAUGGGAUUCUGCAAGUCAGACAAGUGCAGUUCCGCCACUCAGUUCUCGCACUAG